AUGAGUUCAACAAAAGCGAUUACUGAUCAGGAACGAAGAAAUGUCGAUUACCUCAAUAGUUCAUUCAUGCCCGUCUGGUACCGAACCGCUUUCGUCUACAAAUGUGAGCUGGCGUUCAGUGUUCUCAUUCUGAUUUGUGCAUUUACUGAACUGAUCGUCUACGAUUGUUUUGUCAUAUUCCUCCUUUUGCUCAUUGGCUCAUUCGUUUUCGUUCUUCUAUUUCUUGAAUUCUACUUCGGAAGUGUUUACAAUUGUGCCGCACUUCUUCAUCUUCACACUCUCAGCGCUGGUUUUAUGUCAUUCGUCUGUUGGCUCGGUGUACUAAUUCCGAUAUUUUUCGGAGAGUCAGUUUAUAUCGCAAGUCGUUCUGUUGUUCAUGUCAUCUAUAAAUAUUAUGGAUGUCAAGUCAUAUUUGGCUCUCUACUUGCUUCGUUUGCAGUCACUUCAUUUUCCAGACGUAAAGAGAUCAAAUCAGUGGAAUUAUCACAUCUUGAUUAUAUGAAACGACUGAUAAGAACUACGUCAGGAGUGGCUGCAGAUGUUCAGAAAGAAGCAAGAGAAUUCAAUUUAAAGCCAAGAGAUAUUCACUCUUUUUCUUAA